GGUGGGUCGGAGCCGCUGUGUCCCCGGUCUGGCACGUUCCUAGCCAAAUUCUCCACGGUGUAAAAUUGGAUCCCCCCUUUUUCACAAAGCCAAAUAUAUCCCUUCGCCAAUUCCCUGCAACCGCUUAUACGAUUGCGCUUAACACACAUCUCCAAAUCUCCACCAGAUACCUCAGAAGAUGGCGGUGGUAAGCGGGAUGUCGGGGUCGGCGGUAGCCCGGCUAGAGGGCCGAGAAUUCGAGUAUCUGAUGAAGAAAAAGUCGGUGACCAUCGGCCGGAACUCCUCGCAGGGCUCGGUGGACGUCAGUAUGGGACACUCCAGCUUCAUCUCUCGGCGGCACCUCGAAAUAUUCACCGCGGGGGAGGACGGCACGGGCACGGGGGAAUUCUACCUCCGAUGCCUAGGAAAAAACGGGGUGUUUGUUGAUGGGGUGUUCCAGAGAAGAGGGGCUCCACCUCUCCAGCUUCCACGAAUGUGUUGUUUCCGGUUCCCAAGCACAAGUAUAAAGAUUACGUUCACAGCCCUGUCCAGUGAUAAGAAGGAGCCAAGGAACGUGCCGGAAUCACCGGUCAAGCCCGUCCAGCCCCAAAUUUCCCCACUGACCAUUAACAUUCCUGACAACAUCGCCCACCUCAUGAGCCCGUUGCCAUCGCCUACCGGCACCAUCAGUGCUGCAAACUCCUGUCCAUCAAGUCCACGGGGCGCGGGACUCUCAAGCUACAGGACAGGCCGCGUUCUGGCUGCUGACCUCAUAGGAGACAACUCCCAAUCAGAAAACGACAAGGAGGCCUCAGGUGAAGACAGCCCCAAGGAUGACUCCAAACCUCCAUAUUCAUAUGCACAACUAAUAGUCCAAGCUAUCACCAUGGCCCCGGAUAAACAGCUAACGCUGAAUGGAAUAUACACCCACAUCACCAAGAACUAUCCCUACUACAGAACAGCUGAUAAAGGCUGGCAGAACUCGAUCCGCCACAACCUGUCCCUGAACCGGUACUUCAUCAAAGUGGCCCGCUCUCAGGAAGAGCCGGGCAAAGGCUCAUUCUGGCGGAUCGACCCCGCCUCCGAGGGCAAGCUGAUAGAACAGGCCUUCAGGAAGCGCAGGCCCAGGGGGGUGCCUUGCUUCAGGACCCCUGUGGGACCUCUUUCCUCCAGGAGUGCUCCAGCUUCUCCUAACCACACAGGAGCACUGUCUGCCCACUCCAGUGGGGUCCAGACCCCGGACAGCCUGUCCAGAGAGGGGUCCCCAGUCCCCAUGGAGCCAGAGCCAACCCCUCCAACAGCCCCCGCCCAGACCGCUACAGUCCAGCCCAAACUCGCUGUCAUCCAGGAGGCCCGCUUUGCACAGAACUCUCCUGGCUCCCCGCUCAACAACCAGCCAGUAUUGAUUGCCGUGCAGCGCCAGAUGCCUCAAACGACCAUGAAGCCUGUGACCUACGCCAUGGCAACGCCAGCCAUCGUGACGACGACAGUUAGCCCCGCCCCCGUCAUGCAGACGGUGCACGUCGUCCACCAGAUCCCAGCAGUCACCAUGGCAACUGUUGGCGGACAGGCUGCUGCUACAGUGAGCCAAGAACCUCAGGAGAACGGAGGGGGAGAGCACCAAGAGAUCAAAGUGAAAGUGGAGCCGGUGCCGUCCAUCACAGCCUCGUCUAUAGGUGGAGUCAGUCGUAUCAUCCAGAGCUCUCAGGCUGCUCCCCUGACAACAGUUACCAUUGUGCAACAAGCCCCGCUCGGCCAGCACCAGCUCCCAAUAAAGGCCAUCACACAAAAUGGGACGCACCUGGUCCCCAUCAGUACUGCUGCGAGCACAGCCGUCGCGAACCCCCUCCACCUCUUGGCGACCCACGCCUCGGCCUCCGCGUCCCUCCCUACCAAGAGGCAGAAUGGAGAACUGCAAGACCAGCCCGAAUCAAAGAGAGUGAAAACAGAGGAGAGCGAGGAGGGUGAAGCAGCAGCAGCAGCCGCCAACAACAAUGGCACCACGGACAGAGCUGGGGAAGGAGGGGUCAGUGAGCAGGUCGGCGACAAGUAGCCUCCCCCUGAUCUGCGACCUGACCCCUGCUCUCCUGUACGCAUUGAGCCUCACACCCUCCAUACUCUCACCCCCUCCAUCCCACCUGGUUAUCAUCUACUUCAAGGUGCCAAAAUAGAGAAGAGACGUGGAAACACUGCAGAAUGUGCAAAACCUCCUCCUCAAUCCCCCCAACUCUUCCUCUUCCAUAUAUUUAAGACCACGAAAUAUGAUGCAAAAACUAGAGACCAAAUUGAAAGUGGAAGCAAAGAAGAGUUGCUGAUGACUGUGAAACCCUGAAGUUUGAGACCCAGAUGGCAAGAAGGUGCCCAGAAAAAGAAAAAAACAGAUUUAAGAAUCCAGAUUUUCCAGAUUGAAAAAAAAAUGACUUAUUGGACGAGCGAGGAGUCCUGACCCUCCCCGAAGACGGAGAGGAGCCUAGUCCUGGUAGCAUUACAGACAAGCGCUUAACUGUGUGUCGGAUAGAAAAGGCAACCAAGUGAAAUCACCCGUAGUGUAUUCCGCAAAGGGAAGUGUGUGUACGUACGUGUGGACAUUCCCAUCUUCGGCAGCUAGCCUCCAUGUCAACCUACCUAACCCAGUCGUGAGUAGAUAUGCAGUAUUCCGUUGUACAAGUGUAUCUGUGGAUCUUUGAGUGUUUCUCCGUUUCCCAAGGCACAGAUACUAUCUAGUAAUAAUUAAGAUAACUAAAAGCUAUAAGUGGGGUCUUUCAGAACAUUUAAACAUCAGAACAUGAUAUUUUGGGAAUCCUUUUUUUUUUUGGUUUUGUUUUGUUUUGUUUUGUAUGUGGACUCUUUGUUCAGUGAAAUGAAUGUAGUCUCCUUUUUUCCUUUUAAAGAAAACACUAUCUAUGGAGUGGAUGUUCUUUUUUUUUUUCUGCUCAUUCAUGCAAAUGAAAUUUCUUUAUCACUGUACAUCUACAGAUUUUUUUCAUAUUUUACAAAUAUCCUAUGAGAUAAAAAGUAUAUUCCCAUGCGUAUUUGACCAUAUGCUUCAUCGAGCUUGCAUGUUACGGAUCUAGAGACAAUGUACUUGAGCAGAUUUAACUGAAUAUGGAACUGAAGAAAAUUUAGACUGAAUCUACGCUAUAUGAUUCUGACCAGUGCUGCACUUAACCCUCUUAGUUUUUUUUUUUUUCUUUUCUUUUUGUAUUUUUAUUUGCUCUGAGUUUUUUUUUCCCUGUCAUCAUUGGCUGUUUGUUACCUUUGUGUUGAAGUUGGCAGUCUCUUUGCUUGAUUAUUUUAUUCUGUUCAGGCUACUAAAAAGUCUAUUCAGAUUGUAUUCUAUGUUACACGAGGAAAAACAAGUGAUAGGUGUUUGUUCUGCUUCA